AUGUGCACCCUUCCCGCCAUCCAUCCAUUCUUUCCAUCCAAAGAAGAAGAAGAAGGAGAAGAAGAAGGCUUCUACAUCUACGGCAGACAAGUCUCCUGGUCCGGAACAGUAAAAGGUAUUCGCAAAGAUCACGAGAUUUGGAAGUUUAUUGCUUCUUCCAACCCGAAUGGACAGGGCGGAGCAGGGGGAACAUGGGCCGUUGAAGCAGCUAGUAACCUCGAUGUGUUGAAAGGGUUGAACAUAGUGACGAGUAUGGCGUAUGCAGCUGGACAUGGAAGGGGGUGGUCGAUAAGGGGACUGAUGACGGGCGGCAGUGAUCCGGAUGCGAAUAGCACGGCGAGAGUGAGGAUAUCGGGAAUGGUGGAGUAUGAGUUUUCUACGCAAAAAUGGGCGAAUUAUGCCGAGGUUGGGUUCUUGAGGAAGGAUGAGGCUUUGGAGGGGGGAAGGGUGCAUUUCGUUGACCUCGAACUUGGGAAGGAUGGGAACGAGGGAGGAAAAGGAGUGGUGAUGGUCUUGGGAGGAGAAGUCUUCACCGUGCCGGUGACAAGGAGGGGCGAUUCGCGAGGGAUUAUUCGCCCGGAUUUUUUACUGGACUUCAUGAACGUGACGUUUUUUGAUGAAGAGACGAAGAAGUGGUACUCGCAGACCACGACGGGGAGCCCGCCAAAUGGAAGAAUGGGGCAUUGUGUUGCUGGUGUGAGAAGCCAGGCCGGUACCCAUGAGAUGUGUGUUUCCUUUUUGCAAUAUUUUCCUGGAUCAAGUACUGAUAUUUGGCAGCUUCGUCUAAGGCGGCGCAGACACCGGAUUCACCGAAUCCUACGAUACCUAACCUGUACGUCCUUUCGCGUCCGGGAUUCAUCUGGUUUCGCGUCAACGACCGUUCAGACGGGGGCCAUUCCCACGGGACUUGCGCGGUGGGGACUGGACAAGGUCGAAUGGGACUCGGACGACGUGAAGAGGAUAUUCCUGGCCAGGCCUGUGAGCUUUGAGAAAGAGACCAGUUCAUCAAACGAACCAUCAUCUGACGGCAGUGGUUCCUCCGGCGGCAGUGGUUCUUCGGACAGCAAAACGGGUGAAAGCAACGACUCCUCCAAAAAGUCCAACAUCGGACCUGUUGCAGGGGGCAUCAAGAACAAAAACAAGAACCCACAAGCGGCGGUCGAACUCCCCGCCCAAGAGCCACAACAACCAGCAGCAUCAGGUUCAUAUGACCUCUACGGGCAGCAGAAGAAGGAGCUUCCUAUCGAUUCUCCAGCCGUAGAGGCGUACGUCCCGCCAGCCGAGCUCCCAAGUAAUGCGUACAACCGGUGGGAGCUCCAUUCGGACGAACGACCAAAUGAGUUGCAUGGGAGUGCAGCACCGCAAGCACAAGAACUUCCAGGGUCGGGUAUUGAAGGCCAUGGGAUGAGGCCGUGA